AUGACUAUGUUUACAGAAUGGAUGAAAUGUAACCAAACGGAUGCAUUUGCUAGAACAUUGAAGUAUAUAGAGUUUCCAAGACACUUUGUAUGGAUACGCAAAGAACGAAAGUGGAUUCGUAGAAAAAGGCCUUUUGGUGCUGUUGGUAGGAUACAUUAUGUACCUCCAUCACUUGGUGAUUGUUAUUUCUUGAGAAUUUUAUUGAAUCACGUUAUAGGACCAAUGAGUUUUGAUGAUAUAAAAACAAUUGAUGGAAAAAUUUACCAUACCUUUAAAGAUGCAUGCUUCACUCGCGGUCUGUUGGACGAUGAUAACGAGUAUAUAAUUGCCAUGAAGGAAGCAAGCACAUGGUCCACUUCUGAUUUCUUGCGUACAUUUUUUGUAAUGCUGUUGAUGUCAAAUUCCAUUUCUAGGCCCGGUCAUUUCUGGACACAAAUAAAAACUCUAUUGUGUGAAGACAUAUUAUAUCAGCAACGGAGGGUUACUGGUAUUCCUGAUUUGGUUCUUCCAGAGGAAGAGAUUGAAAAGAUUUGCUUAUCACAUAUCGAAAAAUUGUUACUUGCUUAUGGAAGUACGUUAAGCUGCUUUUCUGACAUGCCAAAUGUUCCUGGCAACUACAUUUCAGCAGCGAACAAUCAAAUGAUAAUGAAAGAACUUUCGUAUAAUCGGGCUAGCUUAAAAAUGGAACUUGCAUCUUUCUUAAAAUCUUUAACUGAUGAACAGCAAAAAGUGUAUCAAACCGUCAUGAAUGCAGUUGCUAAAGGAAGUGGAGCUGCGUUACGUUCCAAAGGUGAAGUUGUUUUGAAUGUUGCAUCCAGUGGUAUUGCAUCACUUCUAUUAGAUGGCGGUAGAACAACUCAUUCCAGAUUUGUAAUUCCAAUAAACGUUAACGAGGAUUCCAUAUGCUCUAUAGAACCACACAGUGAGCUAGGAGGCUUAAUAAAAGAAACUAAGAUGAUAAUCUGGGAUGAAGCGCCAAUGACACAUAAGCAUUGUUUUGAAGCUUUGGAUAGAACAAUCAGAGAUAUAGUCCGUUCCAGUAGUCCUUCCUUGCAUUCCAAGCCUUUUGGCGGAAAGAUAGUCCUUUUUGGCGGUGAUUUUAGACAAAUCUUUCCAGUCAUUCCAAAAGGUACAAGAAGCAUGAUUGUAAAUUCUUCAUUGAAUUCUUCUUAUAUCUGGCAGGAUUGUCAGUUACUCAAACUAACUGAAAACAUGAGGUUAAAAUUCGGUAAAAAAGCAAGUAAUCUUCACGAGACCAAGGAGUUUGCUGAAUGGAUUUUACACCUUGGUGAUGGUCUACUUGUGAUCCAAAUGAUGGAGAGGUGGAGAUUGAAAUUCCAGAUGAUCUACUUAUACUUGAUGAAGUCAAUCCUAUAUCUUCAUUGA